AUGGCUACACCACAGACACAGGGGACAGAGGCUGAGAAGGUCUCGAUCUCGCCGCUGCUCAAGAGCCUGGCGUAUCCUGAUGCCAAACACAUCAAGGCGCCUGCUGGGGAGAUAGCUGCUGCCUUUGCUCUCAUCUUCGAGGACAGGCUGUCUGCGAUCCAGACUGCGGCAUUGCUCACCCUGCUGCACUCGACGGGGCUGGAUAAGGAUCCUGAUGUCAUUGCACAAUGCUCCCAUCGCAUGAGAGAAGCUGCCACGCCGACGGAGAAGGGCCCGUUGCUAGAGGUGCUCGAGAAGCGAGGCCGAAAGGAGGGAUCCUACAAUGGCGGAUUGUGUGAUAUCGUUGGAACUGGCGGCGACCACCAUUCCACGUUCAACAUCUCCACGACCUCGUCGAUUAUUGCAUCGCCUUUCCUUAUGACCGCCAAACACGGUAACAGGGCUCAGACGUCCUCCUCUGGAUCAGCAGAUGUCCUCAUGCACGUUACCCCUACUGCACCAAAGAUUGAAGCCGUCAACGCAGAGAACCUAGCCAAGGUCCUCGAACAAACCAACUAUGCCUUCCUGUUCGCUCCUAUCUUCCACCCAGGCAUGAUGUACGCCAAUCCCGUCCGAAGAGGCCUGGGUCUGAGAACCAUUUUCAACCUAAUGGGACCGCUGGCCAACCCUGUAGACUGGGCCAUUGAAGCUCGAGUCGUUGGCGUAGCGUACCAGGCUCUCGGGCCCGUGUUCGCGGAUGCUCUGCGCCUAAGUGGCGUGACAAAGGCGAUGGUUGUAUGUGGAGAGGAAGACUUGGACGAAAUAAGUUGUGCCGGCAAGACCAAUGUCUGGAAAAUCGCUGAAUGUGACCCCUCAGAAGCUACCCCCGUCACUCCAACCCAGUCAUACGACGCAGAAGGCAACGAGAAGGUGUUGAAGCCAACCAAGAUUGAGAAAUUCUCCAUCGAGGCCGCGGACUUUGGCUUACCCGCUCACCCUCUGUCCGAGGUCGGUGGUGGUAAAGGGCCCCAGGAGAAUGCAGUCAAGUUGAUCAGCAUUCUGCGCAACGAGUUACCCCGCGACGACCCCGUCUUGCACUUUGUAUUGAUGAACGUUGCUGGGCUGCUGGCCAUCUCGGGUGUCUGUGAAGCUGACACUAGCAAUAUGGGCCCUGGAGACGAUGGUAAGGUCAUCACCGAACGAGGACCUGGUGGACUCAGAUGGAAAGAGGGUCUGAGACGUGCUCGCUGGGCCAUUGAGAGCGGCGAAGCGUAUAAAUCUUUUGAGCAGUUUAUCAAGGUGUCCAACACAUUUUGA